AUGUCCUUCUCGGACAGCAGCUACAGCCGCGACGAGAAGCCUGUGCCCAUCCUUUGGGGGUGCGAGCUGAGCAGCGCCAGGAGCUCCCACACCUUCCAGGUGCCCGAGGACUGGAGCUGCGACCAGCAGCUGGUCCUGUGCACGAUCUGCCUGGGGGAGACGGCCCGCGAUGAAUUCCACGUGGUGGAGGUGACAGCCGAGGACAGCGAGAGCUGCGCCCCGGUGCCCCUGGCCACGCUGAAACCCUCGGUGCUGCCCAUGGCCACGCUGGACGGGAUGGAGCUGAGCCCACCCGCGACUUUCCGCCUGCGAGCCGGCUCGGGGCCCGUUUAUAUCAGCGGGCAGCUCAUGUCCUUGGUCCAGAGCUCGGAUGAGGAUGAUGAAGAGGAGGAAGAGGAAGCCAUGGAGGAGCCCCAGAAGAAGCCCCCGAAGGGUUCAGGUGCCCAGAAGGGCAGCACUGCCGAGAAAAGGAAGCUGGAAAAGGAGGAUGAGCUGAACAGCCUCGCCCCCAAGGCUCCCCUUCCCAGCAAGGGCCGUGGAGCCGGCCGGGGCAAGAAAGCAGCGACCAAGAAAUGACGGGAAUCGCGAAUUCCAUCCGAACGCGGCCAGGUG